UUUGGUGUCUCAGCAAUCAGUCACUUAAUUUCAGAACGUUAUUUGAGUGCAACGUAUGAGAAAUUAGAUAAAAAUCAAAAAUUAGAUUGGAACGCACAUACUGUCUCACUCGUACACUCACUUUUGAUAGCUCCAGCUGCUGGAUACGCUCUCUAUAAAUCACCCAUAGCUCUCACGGAUACACUUUACGGCUAUGACAGUCUAAUUGGGAAUAUACACGCAUUUUCUCUGGGAUAUUUCCUAUGGGAUGCCUUACACGACGUAAGAACGAGGCAACCUGUUUAUCUCGUACACGCAUUAGUCAGCUUCUCAGCAUACCUAUGGACAUUUAGGCCAGUUUUUAUGAAUAUUGGACCAGCAUUUUUGUUAUGGGAAGCAUCAACACCUUUCGUUAACAUAAAUUGGUUUAUGGAUAGAAUUGAAGGUUAUAAGAAUUCACGGUCGCAGAUCGUGAAUGGAAUAGCACUGACUUUAUCAUUUUUUACAGCUAGAAUUGCAUUCGGGGGUUAUAUGUCAUACAUAUUCUACAAAACUAUCGUUGAACAUCAAAAUAGCUUUCCUAAAAGUCUUGCAGCUGUAUACGUAGCUGGUAAUAUUACACUCAAUAUCCUAAAUCUUAAUUGGUUUUAUAAAAUGAUGAAGAAAAUAAAGAGAAUGUAUUCUAGAUUAUAA